UAACAGAAGCGCCUGCAAUAACGGGAAGUAAUCUUACAUCACAGGGGUGUGCCAUCACAGGGGUGUGCCACCACAGCGAAAACUCAAUGACAUCCCAUUUUCUAUAUGCAUCGCCCUGAUCUAUACGAGUCUCACGGGGACAGAUUACGUAACGGCUUGAACCAGGUCACUCCAGCAACAAACAUCAAUAUAGUCUGUGCCUCUGGGAUGAAGUCCAACAAGAUGGCAGCCCAGAGUCUAACGGGGGGACAUCAGGAUGUGAUGGUGGCAGGAGGAAUGGAGAGCAUGUCAAACUCGGAUGAAGCCUCUCUGGACUCUCAGUGGGAGCAGUGGAAACUCACCCACGGGAAAGAAUACAACGGACAGGGUGAGGAGGGGAUCCGCAGAGCCAUCUGGGAGAAGAACAUGCAUAUGAUUGAAGCUCACAACAAGGAGGCGGCACUGGGCAUCCAUUCCUUCACGAUGGGGAUGAACCAUCUGGGAGACUUGAGGCCAGAGGAGGUCUGCUGCUGCAAGAAGACGUGCGACCGCAAGUCCAAACUGCCCAAAUCUGUCGACUAGCGCAAGAAGGGCAUGGUGACGCCAGUGAAGAACUAAAUGUAAACUGGUGUUUUCUAUGAAAUUGAAUAAAGGUUUCAUUUUGAACUGGAA